AGCCAGAUUCGUUAUUGUUAUUGGCUAAAGGGAGUGAGGGGCCGUCUCAAAUCCAGCCUCACCAAACUGCAACACACAGCAGAAAACUCUUCCGCAUCAAUCGGCGUUGACGCCGUGGAGGUACUGCUAGUCAAGCUCGGCAAGGUUUGGAAUGAUUUCGAACUUGCCGGAGAUGAUCUGAGCGUGCUUGACGACGUCGAGGGCUGGGUUGAUCCUGCGGAUGACUACGACGAAUAUGAGGCGAAGUAUAUAAAAGCCCGUGCGCUUUUGUUUUCCCUCAAGCGCUCCCAGGAGCCGACAACACCAACAACAACGAGACAUGCAGAAGGAGAUUCAAUAGCUAACAACGACGCUAUUUCUCGCUUAGUGCAGCAACAACAAAAGUUUUUCGAACGCCUAGGAGCAACUUCAACACCAACCCAGGCUGACGCCGCGGCGCCAAUACAAAAGUACCACUAUCUAAAAUCGUUCCUCGUGGACGAGGCUGCAAGUUUGGUACGCCAUUUGCCGAUUUCUGAGACGGCAUAUGACAACGCUUGGGAGCGCCUCAACGAGAGAUACGAUCGACCACGGCAAAUUAUUCACAACCUGUUGGACACCUUUAUGGAGCUACCAUCGACUAACAAUGGAGAGGUAUCCAUAUUGCGUAGCAUAUCAGAUGGUGCAAAUGAGGUCAUCCGUGCAUUGGACUCAAUUGGCCAUAUGGACCGAGACUGCUGGGUUAUCCAUUUAUUGCUGAACAAAAUCGAUCCAGAGUCACGCCGCAAAUUCUUCAAGUUCCUGGACGCACGAUGUGAAGAAUUUGAGCUGUGUCAAAGCGAUCCUGUACCGAGACAGGGUGGUAACAACAAGAAGACAAGCAGAGCCAUGGUAACUGCUGCGCUGAUAAAAUGCGUGAAUUGUAAUGCGGAUGGGCAUCAACUGUCUAAGUGUCCUCAAUUCAUUGGUCACAGGUCAUCAAACUGUAGCUCAAAGUACAACUGUCAGCAGUGUGGCAGCAGACACCACACACUCAUACACACGCAUGCUAUGCAGACCAACGAGGGUCAAAUCACAUCCACGUCUUCAAGCGAUCACAAGGAUCCAGAUACGACAUCGGUGACUGCGAGUCACAUGUCACAGGCACUACUCACGCCAACCCUAUUGUCACAUGGGCAAGUAGGACGAACAUGUACUUUGCCAACUGCAUUGGUACACAUCCGCAACUCUCAAGGCACAUACACAAACUGCCGGGUGCUACUCGACACGGGCUCGGAGUUAUCAUAUGUAUCGGAACGCUGUAUUAAGGCACUGGGCCUUAGUCGGGUUCCUGGCCGGAUUCUCAUUUCCGGCAUUUCUUCAAUCAAGGCCGAUACCACGAGGGGAUUCAGCACACUCACGAUCAAGUCUCGAGUUUCUGAUCACUCGCUACAAGUAAACGCUCAUAUUCUAGGAAAAAUCACAUCUACGCUGGCAAGGGAAAACAUUGAUGCAUCUGCGCUUGAGAUCUUCAAUGGGAUUCCGCUUGCAGACACGGAAUUCAACUCGGCAUCGCCUAUAGGCACCUAUUCUGUAUGGGCUAUUUUAACCGGCAACAGGAAGCUGGAUGCACAAGGCAACAUAAUAGCUAUUUCAACAAUCUUUGGAUGGGUUAUCACAUCGAUUGCGUAUCAAAAUCCAUCAAUCACCACGUCAUUUUUGUCUACAGUCGAUAUCCAUGCUACUCUACAAAGGUUUUGGGAAAUCGAGGACUCCCAAAUCACCACUCACCAUGAUCCUGAAAAUGUUAAGGUUGAAGAGCAUUUUCAAACCACGCACUCACGCGACUCCAAGGGAAGAUACACCGUAGAGCUUCCAUUCAAGGAUGCUGAUCCCAAGUACCGGGUGAUGUGGCACUCUGACACUCUGCAGGGAGCGACCCAACGCUUUGCUUCAGUUUGA